AUGGAGGAUGCGAACGAAGCAGACCUACCAGUGGCUAAAGCAUCAUUGGUCCUCAACGUGCUGAUCAAAUACAUUAAGCGAACGGUCGGAGUGCAUCCAGAUGUAUCAGCUGGAAAAAACAGAGUGGAAAAACAGACAGUCGUUCCAUCAGAGCUUCGCAGAUGUCACAGCUCAUGCUCUGAAGAGGCAGACUGCGAGCGCCCGUAUGCACAACAUGAGGACGGUGCUCAACUCGAGAACAUGCUCGCCGAAGAAGAGGUGACGCACUAA